AUGAAGGCGCAGCCAGACGAAGCGCAGCCGGAUGAAGCGCGAAGGCGCAGCCAGACAAAACGCGAAAAGCGCGGCCGAGGCGAAAGCGCGCAGCGCAGCGGACAAAACCGCAGCGCAGCCAGGCAGGCGAGCAAUCGCAGCCGAGACAGCGCAGCCAGGCGAGGUGGUGAAAGUGCGGCCAGACGAGAGCGGCGAAAGCGCAGCCAGACGAGGCGGCGAAAAGCGCAGCCAGACGAGCAGCGAAAGCGCAGCCAGACAAAGCGCAGCCAGGCGAAGCGGCAAUCGCAGCCAGACGAGCGCGAAAAGCGCAGCCAGACGGCGAAGCGCAGUCGGAAGAGGCGCGAAAAGCGCAGCCAGACAGCGAAAAGCUCGGCGAGCGAAAGCGGCAAAGCGCGACCGACGAAGCAGCGAAAGCGCGCGGCGAAGCGGCGAGCAGCGCGGCCGACGAGCAGCGACAAGCGCAGCCAGACGAGCGCAGCCAGGCGAGGUGAAGAAGCGCAGCCAGGCGAAAGCGAGCGAAGCGCGGCGAGACGAGCAGCGAGCAGCGGCCAGACGAAGCAGCGAAAGCGCGGCAGACGAAGCGUCGAAAAGCGCAGCCAGACGAUAACGCGAGGCCCAGCCAGACGAGGCGGCGAAAAGCGCAGCCGGACGAAGCGGACCGGACGAGACAGCAAAGCGCAGCCAGACGAGGCGCAGCCAGACGAAAGCGCGAAGCGCAGCCGGACGAAGCGCGAAGGCGCAGCCGGACAAAACACGAAGCGCAGCCAGGCGAAGCGGCAAGUCGCAGCAGACGAAGCGCAGCCGGACGAGGUGGUGAAGAGUGCGGCCGGACGAGGCAACGAACAAGCGCAGCCAGGCGAGCGCGGCGACAAGCGCAGCCGAAGCAGCAGCGACAGACAGCGCAAGGCCAGGCGAGCGACAGGCGACAAUCGCAGCCGAACGAGGCGCGAAAAAGCGCAGCCAGGCAGCAGCGCGAUCGGAAGAGGCGCGAAAAGCGCAGCGACGGCGAAAGCUCGGCAGGCGAAAGCGGCAAAGCGCGACCAGACGAGGCGGCGACAGCGCGGCGAACGAGGCAGCAAGGCGCAGCCGACGAGCGCAGCCAGGCGAGGUAGUGAAAAGCGCAGCCGAGCAGGCGGCGAAGGCACAGCCAGACGAGCGAGCAAGUCGCAGCCAGACGAGGCGCGAAAGCGCAGCAGACAGCAAGCGCGGUCGGAAGAGGCGCGAAAGCGCAGCCUGACGGCGAAAGCGCGGCAGGCGAGGCGGCAAAAGCGCGACCGGAUGAGGCGGCGAAAGCGCGGCCGGGCGAGGCGGCGAAAAGCGCGGCCGGACGAGGCGACGAAGGCGCAGCCAGACGAGGCGGCGAAAAGCGCGGCAGGCGAGGCGGCGAAAGCGCAGCCGGACGAGCGGCGAAGUCGCAGCCGGACAAAGCGCAGCAGACGAGGCGACGAAUCGCAGUCGGACGAGGCGCAGCCAGACGAGGCGACAAGUCGCAGCCGGACAAGGCGCAGCGGACGAGACGGCGAAGGGGAGCGAUAG